UUCUGUGUGGUGUUGUAAUCUGUGUUGUGCUUUAUGUUGUGUUAUGCUGUCCUGUCUCCUCUCCCCAGACCCUGCUGGCUAAGGCCCUGUAUGAUAACAUAGCCGAGUGCAGUGAUGAGCUGGGCUUCAGGAAGGGAGACGUGGUUACAGUGCUGCAACAGGAAGUAGAAGGGAGCUGUGGUUGGUGGAUGUGCUUUCUUUCUGGACGACAGGGCCUGGCCCCAGCCAAUCGCCUGCAGCUCCUACCACUGGCCCCACCCCAGAUCCCGGCUCAGACCCAGGGCGAGGUUCCUGGUGCUGGUAGUGUUGACCCAGGCAGCAGUCAUGACAGUGACUCUGAUAGGCCGGGGAACCUCUACCAGAUCCCCAGCAUAUCCCGACACACCCAGUCCUCCAGCCCCGCCUACGAAUGCAUGGACCGUGCCUACAAGGCAUCUGUCAGCAGUGUGUUCUCUGGCUGUUCCAAGGGAGAGGUCUAUGAUGUCCCCAGCCUUGUCAGACGAGCCUCUCUAUUCCCUGCAUCCACAACACCGCGACAUAUGACCCUGAAGGCGUCGUUGAUGGAAACCUCUGAUCAGGAGAGACAGUUUGACACCCGGAGCAGUAGGAGGCGCUGCAGCCCCAGUCCCAGCCUGGACUAUGUGUAUGCUGCUCCUCCCACGGUGGUCCCAGACCCCAGCUAUGACAUCCCUAUCCCCUCCUCCGUCCCCCCCUCCAUCCCUCCGGCCUCAGACAUCCAGCAGAGGCUAGUGACCGGAGGCUACAAUACCUCAACCAGCCCCCAGAGACAGCCUAGCAGUUACAGCACCCUUCCCAACCCCCGCAAGUCAGACUGGAUCUAUGAUGUACCCAGCUCUCCUGAGAAACCUGGUGGUGAGCCUGGGUACUACACCAUUCUGCCAUCUGGUGGCCAACCUGGAUAUUACACACACCUGCCAUUUGGUGGCCAGCCUGGGUACUACACCACCCUGCCCUCCAAGGCCCUGAGCUUUGACAGGCAGCUCCACGACACUCUGCCAGACCGUAACUGCUCUGCUCAGUCCUUCUAUGACAUCCCCAAACCUAGAUCCCCUCCCCAGGGGUCCAAGGACCCCCCCAACCCCCCCAGGGUCCUCCCCAGGCCUCCUCUCUACAACAGACCCCCAGGGCAGAUGCAGAUGGACAAGGAGCACUGUGUGUACGCUGUCCCCCCUCGGGAGCAGCUCUCAGUCGUCGUCCCCCACAGAGGACACCAUGUCCCGUUGGAGUGUCGGGGGGACUCUGGUCCUACCUACGACCACCCCAACCCCCAGGGCAGGCUGCAGAGGGGCCGUCUGGGGCUAGUGGCUGGGGCUCUGGGAGCCAGGCCUGGUAGGGGAGACACUCUGUUACAGGAAGAGGAUGAAGAGAGCGGUAGAACGACAACGUCGACAUCAGACAAACAGAGGAUCAGCACAGCCUCCACGUCCUCCACCUCCUCCUCCUGCGACUCCCUGGCACUGUGCUCCUCUUCCUCCCCGGAGCCGCAGCGGGAGGUGUGUCUGAGCCAGGAGGAGGCGUGUCGCAGGCUGCUCAUCCUACAGCAGGAGGUGUGCAGGGAGGUGCCACGACUCAUGGAAUUCGUCUCCUCUAGCUGGAGGAGCAGGGAUCACCUGGAAAAGCACCUCACGGAGAUCAGGUCUGCAGCAGAGGGUGUGGCGGGGUCGGUGACCUCCUUCCUGACCUUUGCCCUGGAUGUGAAAGGUAACGCCCGGCGCCUGACCGACUCCAACCUGCAGGCGCGUCUCCAGCGCCAGCUCUCAGUGUUGGAGGACUCCGGCCUCAUCUUGCAGCAGGCCGUCAGCUCCCUGGGCGUCGCCGGCUGGCCCCUCCCCUUGCUGGCCCAGGAUCCCGCCCAGAACCACACCCCAGACCAGCUAGACAGCCUCGUCAGGGUAACCAGGACCAUCCCUGAAGAUGUCAAGAGAAUGGUAUCCAUCGUCAAUGCCAAUGCCAAGCUGCUGUUCCGGCCCAGUACCAGUACCACCAAUAAUACCAGUACCUCUACCAGUCAGUUUAUGAAGAAGAGAACAGAGCAGGGAGAAGACUCAGGAACAGAUCAUCAUGACAAUGUCCAGCUACAGGAGGACCAGAAGCGUUGUGUGUCUGAGCCCCAGGUCUGUGUGGACGGCCCUAGGAGAUCUUCAGAAUCCCUGUCCCCGAGGAAGCCCUUCAUCUCUGACUCUGGUGACGCCCCCAGGAAGACCUCUGAGCCCCAUGUCUCCCUGUUUGCUAAGAUGGCCUCUCAGUCUGAGCCCCAGGUCUACCUGUCUGCUAGGAUGGCCUCUCAGUCUGAGCCCCAGGUCUCCCUGUCUGCUAGGAUGGCCUCUCAGUCUGAGCCCCAGGUCUACCUGUCUGCUAGGAUGGCCUCUCAGUCUGAGCCCCAGGUCUCCCUGUCUGCUAGGAUGGCCUCUCAGUCUGAGCCCCAGGUCUCCUCGUCUGCUAGGAUGGCCUCUCAGUCUGAGCCCCAGGUAUCUGAUGUCCCUAGCCCUGGGAAGUCCUUUAACUCCCAGGUAGACAGCCCUAAGAGACAGCCCACCCUGUCAGAACAUUGCCGGCUAUACUUCGGGGCGCUGCAGAAAGCAAUUUGUGUGUUCAUAACCAGCCUGGACAGCCAGACCCCGGAGAAGUUCAUCUCCCACAGCAAGCUGAUCAUUAUGGUAGGCCAGCGACUGGUGGACACGCUGUACCGAGAGGCCCAGAAAGGAGAGGCCCAGAGAAGGGAGCCCAGGUCAGUGUCAGAGUCAGGGUUGGGGCCCAGCCAGAGCCAGAACCAGGUUCUGCUGUGUAAGUGCAACCACAUGUGUGCCCUGUUAAAACAGCUGGCUGUAGCCACCAAGAAGGCAGCUCUGCAUUACCCUGAGAGACAGGCUCUGCAGGAGGCCCAGGACUUUGCCAAGGAGCUGGCUCAGAGAGCACAGCACUUCAGGAUCUCCCUGGACCUCUGAGACUUUUAUCUUAAGGACGCAACAGACAGUGCCGACGAACAGUGAAAAGCUGUCCUAUCCCCUCUGACCACAGAACGUCGCCAUAACGUUGAAUCGGCACCGUUCAUCAGCACGCAGCAGGUGCUCCACAGCUCACAUGUUUGGUCUGUAUUUUCCUAUUGGAGCUCUAAUAGCCACUUUAUGCUUGAUCCGUGAAUGUGGUCGGAGGCGCAGUAUGGAUGGUGUGAUGUAAUUGCGGAGCCUGCGGAAGCAUGCAGAGGCCAAAUAGAGCGCCGUACGCCACCAACAUUUUUUAACAAUGUGGAGGGCUCCGUAUAGCACCGCAUUGACAUGAUUGGUUGACGGUAGUACAUCCUGUAUAAACACAACUUGACAACAGCUCUGCUCAACUGCUCCGCGAAGCGCAAGGAGGUUCACGGGCCAACGCUCAACUGCUCCGCGAAGCGCAAGGAGGUUCACGGGCCAAGGCAGACGUCGGAUUGACCACGCAGCGCCUUUAAGGGAGACUGCAACCAUUGUGCCAACUAAAAUGUUCCCAGAGGACCUGCGGACUAAUAAAAAACUAAUUGCACAUUUAAGAUGGAAUUUUAUGAAGCCAAAUCUAAAAUGUAUUUUCCAAAACAUUGUAUGUAAUCGUAUGUGACAUGUAUACCAUAGGGAUAUGUUAUUACUUCUAUAGCUGACUUCGAUAUCAAUGGCCUGAAUACUGUAGUAGAAUAUUUUGACUGUAUUCUGUUUCACUGUUUCUUUACGAACCCAGUUAACCUAUAACCUUCUACUACUGUAUGUACAUAGCCUUCUCAAAAUACAAUUUAGUACAUUCCUAAUUUUAAAAUAUGACUAAAAGGAUUAAAUAGUUGGAAAGAAUAAAAACAAGUUCACAGCUUAAUGAGAUAAAAAAAAUAAAAAAAA